CGGUGAAUUCCAGUGAAUUCCAGUUACUUCCAUAAGUGAAUGGAAAGCGCUUCCAGAAACUGACGCAAAUAAAAUACAGUACGGAAAAUUCCAGAUAUUUGCAGAAGUAUAUGGAAAGCAUAUCCAGAAACUAAAACGAAACUAUAUAGAAAUGAGAUAAUUUACUUUUUUUAUAUUAAAAAACAUAGGCUACUUUUUGAUUGUAUUGAGUUUUACUUGAUUGUAUAGAUUUUCGUUGAGAAGAUUGAAACUGCUAAUAUCAGUCAAAACACAGCUGAGUUUUAAGUGAAUAUCAGGUUUCAUGAAAUAUCUCUCAACUUCAAAUUAUUAGUUUGUGAGCACAAACUCGGGAGUAAAGCAAAUUGUUUUUUGUUUGGUUUUGUUUAGUUGGGUACUUCCGGUGGGGGGCGGUGCAUGUCAAUUACGUCAAAAAGGAGGUGGGGCACAAAAGGAGGGUUAUAUCUAUUGGUUCCAUUUCCUUGCGCUUUUUGUCGAGGACCUGAAUCGGGCAGAAUGAGUGGAAUAUAAAUUGGCUUAUUUUAUUAACUACCUAACCUUUUCUAUUAGCUGAAUCUUUUUUGUUGAUCAGUUAAUCUCAAUUCAAAGGAAAAUAUGACAACUAAUUCGACAAGCGCGUUAAACUAUCUAAUUUUUUCUCAAAAUGGAGUCGGUGGACAAACGCACUACGACCAGGGACUCGUUGUGCCUGAAGUCGCAAUGGGCUCCACUGUAGAAUCUCUUCAUUCGCCUAAGGAUCCCUUCAAAAAACGCCCGACGAAUCUCGGAGUGACUGCAUCGAAUGGAUAUGUUGCGAAAAGCCUUCAGGGGAGCAGCGACGACAGCGACGAAGGCUCUCUACCAUGCACCCCUGCGCAGCACCCAGACAGUGAAACCGACGCGCCUGCAGUAGGUGCGAGCAACCGAGCGCUGGAUAACGACACAAUGGAGCUUAUUAGCAGUUUUCUAAGUGACUUUACAGGACUUUCAAAGUGUCGGUGGAAUCAAAAUAAAGCUCUACAUACGAUGAAAAGGGUGGUGGAGGACCUUUUGACAAAGCACAGUUGCGCAUACAACGGUAUGGUCAAUAGGCUUGCUCUGGAUAACAAGCCGGAAGAUAUGGGGUUUGUUACGGAAAUCGCAGAGAAUCUCUUUUCAGACGGGAUCACCAACUGGGGUCGGAUCGCCAGCCUGGUGGCGUUCGGGGCUGCAUUGUGUCAGCGCCUGAAGGAGAGGGGCAAAGAGCACUGCGUGGAGUUGGUGAGCCAGAAAAUAUCCACGUAUCUCCUGGCAAACCAGCGGGAUUGGCUAGCAAAAAACAACUCAUGGGAGGGCUUUGUGGAGUUUUUCAGAGUGUCAGACCCCGAGUCUACAGUGAGGAACACGCUGAUGGCGUUUGUUGGAGUCGCUGGUAUUGGGGCAACAUUAGCCUUUCUUAUUAGGUGAAUUUGUUGGACGCUGAGACCUUAAGGGACUUUCCUGUCUCCACUUUCUGUUUUGGAUUCUAAAAUGGAAGUUUAAUUUUGAAUAUCUUUCACCAUUUGAGGAUUCAUGUUUUUGUUUCUAAAUACGUUUUUGCCAUCAGUUGUAUUUGUUUUGCAAGGAAACUUAUUUAAAUAUGAAUAAAUUUAUUUUUCUAAUGAAAAUAUAUUGUAUGUAAAAUCAAUGAUUAUGCUACUGUUUAGCUCAUUUUUAAUUUAAAUCUUUUUUGGGGGGUCAGGGUGGGGCAAUCUGUUUACAACUAGAAUUAAACAUUUUUAAUGAAGCCACAGGCCAAACCAGUAGAAACUAGCCAUUUAUCCAUAACAUUUUGCAGGCAUGACACCCAUUCCUUGAAAACUUUGGUGAGCAUUUGGAAAGUAUCUGAAUAUUUCACAAACGUUGGGGGUAGAGGGAUUGAUUUGCACAUAGUAUGUCAUUGUUCAAAUUACUCUGUCUGGAGACACCAAUGGCUACAUUCAGAUUUAAGCUCAAUAAAACAAAUUAAACUGUU